AUGACGCCGGACCAGCAACUUGUGAUUGACUCAUUCGUCGAUCAACGACGCCAGCUCUCGAUCGAUCCUUCCCCCAACGCCCAAUCUAUACUCAGUAACAGUCAUUCUUCGAUACCAUUACCGCCUACUACUUUUAACCCCUGCACCACGGCCUGCUCCUCCGCUUCAACCAGUCGUGCACUCUCGACUGCAGAAAUUGCCGGCACCGCGACGACCAGCUCGGAGAUUUUUGAUCUUACUCGAGCGAAAUUGGAGCGAGCCGCACAGGGCCACCUUACAGGUCGUCGAGGACCCAAUGGACUUCGCGAACUCGUGCUACUCUCGAACGUGUUUGGUCGAACAAUACCUACCCAGCGACCACCAGAGGUCGAUGCGGAGCAGCAACGGCUCCAACUCGAGCUCACGCGCAAGCAAGAGGAGGAGCGCUGGCUCAACUCGGUGCUAGACGAGAUGCUUGAGGAUCCCGACGACGAGGACGACGAUUUCGUGGCCAUAUACGUCGCCGAUCCCAACGUCAGCGACUCGGGUUUCCUGGAGCAGGACCCGCAUGCCUUCGUCGCCGAUCAGGGCGGAGGUCGUGACGAGGUUACUUUCGAUCUCGAUCGCGAGAAGCAAAAACAGCCUCUGCUCAAGCCCCACACCGCCAAGAGACCUGCUGCCGCGAAUGACGACGAGCCGACUCUUUCCCUCGAAGGUCUCUCUUUAUCGCCUCCUCGCUCCCCCCUAUAGACCUGCCUCUCAUCGCUAGCUCGCGGCCGUUGACGCUCGAAGAAGACUAUUCGUCCUCACCACCUUUCGAUCCACCGCCGUUAACGCCAGACUCGACGCCUCCAGGUCCCGGUGCUGCGUCGGACCUCCUCGCCACCAGUACCGAGUCUUUCGCUGAGAUCGACUCUUUCCAAUGGGUAUCGGAUCGAUCCAGCGCAAGAGGUCUGCUAGCUCUCGAUCUUUCGAGACUGACCGUCGCAGCGCCGAAACCCCCCUUGUCGCCGAAACCUCACAAGCCCUUCCCCGAGAAGCUCUUCUCCCUUCAUCCUCGGAGCGAAUUUUCUUCGAUCCAUGUACCUCCGCUUUCGGGUCCCUCAUUGUGGGGUGAUUCUGAUGCGGCCUCUCGACCACCUCGAUCGUCGUCGGUCCCGGCUCGCUUGCCGCCUUCGCCACCAUCGUUCACGUCGUACAGGACGACCGGGAUUGUCAAGUCGUUUUAUGACUGCAUCGAGUAAGUAGCCAUCCCUGUUAAACCCCCCCUUCCCUUCGCGCUGACAUCUUAUAUCUUGUGUCUCGACCAGUUUUGGCAUCUCGGGCUACCCUCUACCACCGUCGUUCCCUGCCGCGGAGGAGCCGAUGCCAACCCGGGAGUAG